AUGCCGGGCCAACUCGUCUGGAUCAACGGCCUACCCGGCGUCGGCAAGCUCACCAUCGCCCGCGCCCUGCGAGACCUCAUCUCCGACGCCCAGCUCGUCGACAACCACUCCCUCAUCGACCAGGUGCGGCUGCCGCGCGACCAUGCCGACUACAACGCCGAGCGGGCACGCAUCCGCGACGCCGCCUACGCCUCCUUCGUGCACCCCUCCGACGACGCGAAGCUGGCGCGCGUCGUCAUCUUUACCGACUUCUUCACCGCGGGCACCAUCGGCACCGAGUGGUCGCAGGCGCACCGGACGGCGGCCGCGCGCGCAGGCCGCCCGUUCCUGCCCGUGUACUUGACGUGUGCGCGCGAGGAGAACCUGCGGCGCGUAGCGCGGCCGGAGCGCGGCGCGGCGGGCUGCGGCAAGCUCACAGAUGUGGCGCUGGUGAGCAAGUUCAUGGACGACUCAACAAUUUACCGGUUUCCGGGGCUCGGGGUAGACGUGGACACGACGACGCGGACACCAGCGGAGUCGGCGCAACUCAUUCUAGAAGCGAUGAAGUCGCAGCUGGCAGAAGGGCAAUUUCAAGAGCGGGAGGAUCCAUGUGCAUGGCGAGCGGUCACGAGUUCACGAAUAAAAUGA